AUGGCAAGUGUUUGCAGAAUUCUCAUAUUCUCCAUUUGCUUUGGUCUUUUAACUGAUGAAUUAUAUGCUGCAAAUUUGAUUAGUUCAUCAAAUAGAAUUCAAGAAAUUGAAGUUGGAGUCAUAGUUGAUAUGGGAUCAUGGGUUGGGAAGACUAUCCAUGCCUGCAUUUCUAUGGCCAUUUCUGAUUUUUACGAGUCGAAUAGUCACUACGCAACACGUACAGUUUUGCAUGUAAGAGAUUCUCAUGGAAGACCACUUGGUGUUCUAUCAGCAGCUGUGGAUCUUUUGGAGAACAUUAAGGUGCAUGCAAUUAUUGGCCUCGAGACAUUUCUUGAAGACAAGUUCUUAGCCAUACUAACAGAGAAAGCUAAAAUUCCUAUAUUGUCUUUCGCUCCUAGUGUUGCCUCCCCUAACGAAUUCCCUUACAUCGUUAAAAUUAGAUCGGACGAGGCCACUCAGUUUGAUGGCAUUGCUUCUACUGUCAAAUCAUUUGAGUGGAACGACGUUGUUCUUAUUUAUGAGGAGUAUACUAAAAAUGAGAGAAAAACUAUACCUCAUUGGGUGGAAUCAUUUGAAGGAAAAAAUAUUCACAUCUCUUACAGAAGUGUCAUUUCUUUUUCCUCUAAAGAUAAUGAAAUCCUCAAAGAGUUGCAUAAGAUUAUGACUCUGGAUACAAAAAUAUAUGUAGUGCACAUGUCCCUGUCUCUUGCAUCUCGCCUUCUGGUGAAUGCAAAGAGAUUGGGAAUGGUAAAAGAUGAAUAUGUUUGGAUAAUCACCGAUAAAGCGAUGAACUCAGUGCAUUCCAUGGACUUUGAUGUCAUUGAUUCUCUUCAAGGAGCUUUAGGUUUCAAGGCAAAUAUAGCAGAAUCGAGCAAACUGCGCAACAUCACUUCGAGAUGGAGAAGGGAAUAUCAGUAUGAGAACCCUAAAAUGGUAUCAAAAAAGUUACCCGUCGUUGGCAUACGGGCGUAUGAUACAAUGCAAGCACUAGCAGAAGCUGUUGAGAGGGUUGAAAUUUUAAAUGCUAAAGAUCAAGUUGCAGGAUUGAGGUCCAGUUUUUUACAUUCUCAUGGUGGCAUGUUACUCCUACAUGAGCUUUCACAAGUUAGAUUUGAGGGUUUAAGUGGUGAGUUUGAAUUAGGGGAUGGGAAAUUAUAUCCUGAAGAAUUCAAUUUGGUGAAUGUUCAAGACAAUGAAGAAAAAAGAAUGGGAGUAUGGACGACUAAAGAUGGAAGCUUUAGAGAACUUAACUCAUCAGUUUGCAGUUUUAAUCCUUCUAAAGAUUCGAAUGCUUUUACCUGUCGUAAGGGAUAUAGAAUUAUUCCCAGAGGUUCUUUAUUACAAACUAUGGGCAGAAAAAAGCUUAGAAUUGGGGUACCAGUGAAGCCUAGUUUUAAAGAAUUGGUAGAUGUACGUUAUGAUCCUCAAACCAAUGCAACGAUCAUCUCAGGCUACUGCAUAGAUGUAUUCGAAACUGCCAUUAAGGCUUUACGUCAUGAACUACUUUAUGAGUUCGUUCCCAUACCGAAUGGAAGUUACGAUGAUUAUGCACAGCAAGUUUAUCUUCAGACUUACGAUGCUGUGGUGGGGGACAUAACAAUCACUUCCGACAGGUCCCAAUAUGUCGACUUCACAUUGCCUUUCACAGAAUUAGGUGUUGGAAUGGUAGCAAGAUUGAACGAUAAAGAUCCAUGGUUCUUCUUAAAGCCACUCAGUGGGCCUCUAUGGAUAGUGAGUGCAAGUUCCUUCAUUCUGACUGGUUUCGUCGUUUGGCUUAUUGAACACCCUAUAAACGAUGAAUUUCAAGGUUCCAAAGCUUCGCAAAUUGGAACAAUUGUGUGGUUUGCAGCGUCAACUCUUGUUUAUGCUCAUAGAGAAAAAUUAAAAAGUAAUAUAUCAAAAUUUGUUGUGGGUGUUUGGUUAUUCGUAGUUCUGAUACUUACAUCAAGUUAUACAGCAAACUUGAGUUCACUUCUGACACUUCAACGGAUUACAUUGGUAAAAGGCGAUUCUAUAGGAGCUAAGUCUUUUGUACAAGGAUUCACUGUUAGCAACUUAAACUUCCAGGAUAACAUGGUAAUGCCAUAUUCUUCGCCUGAGAGAUACAAUGAGGCAUUAAGAAGAGGAAGCAAGAAAGGCGGCGUUGGUGCUAUAAUUGAUGAAAUACCUUACAUAAAGUUAUUCCUUGCUAAGUACCCACAUGAUUACGCCAUGAUUGACUCCCAAGAGACGACUAAUGGCUUUGCUUUUGUAAGUGUUCUUCUUCCUUGA